AUGCUCACGUUGGCUAUCGGAGAUCUUUUCAUACCAGAGAGGUCAAUUGAUAUACCUGCGAAAUUCAAAAAGCUAAUAAGCCCAAACCCCAACAACAUACCGUCAAACAGCAAGAUAUCAAAAGUAAUAUGUCUAGGCAACAUCACGAACUCGACAUCCACAUUACGUUUCUUGAAAAACAUUUCACCUGAUUUCCAGUUGGUUAAAGGGGAGUUUGAUGAUCCCGUGCUUGUGUCACAGCAGUUACAGUUGAUUAUAGAGAAUCAGAGUCAGCAAAAACAACAACAGCAGGGACGACGAAAUGACGUGAAAAUACCCAUGUAUUCCAAGUUCACGCAUGACAAUUUGAAGAUUGGGUUCACCAACGGAUACCAGAUUAUGCCUCGGGGCGACCCGAUGCAAUUGAGUGCUUUUGCAAGGGAGUUGGAUGUAGAUAUUUUGGUUUGGGGCGGCACCACUAGAGUUGAAGCGUAUGUAAUGGAUGGCAAGUUUUUCAUAAAUCCUGGAAGUGCCACUGGAGCAUUUACUUUUGACUGGCCCGAGCUUGAAGAUGAGGAGAGUCUGGAUGAAGAGGUCAAAGAGGGAGAAAAGGAACAAGCGGAGGAGGUAAAAGACGACAAGACUGAGGAAGUAAAAGAUGAAAAGAUUGAAGAGGAGAAAGGUGAAAAGAAUGAAGAUGAAAAAGAUGAAAAGAAGGAGGCCAAGGAGGAGAAAGAUGAAAAGAAUGAGGAGGUGAAAGAUGAAAAGAAAGAGGCCAAUUUAAAAGCAGAAUAUCCAUCCACGGAGGAAGUACAAAGAGCUAUAGAACUAAACACUUCGAUCCCGUCGUUUUGCUUACUCCACACUCAAGAUUCAACAUGCAUUCUUUACGUGUACACAUUGUUCGACGACGAGGUCAAAGUAGAUAAAGUUACAUACAUCAAGCAAUGA